GGACGCGGGCCGAAGCACCUGUCUGGCCCGGCUGGAGGGGACCUGCGGGAACCGGAACAUCACCAGAAAGAGAUGAUGUCCGCACGAUUAAUCGGCAUUUCCCGUCUUCCUCUCUAUGGGUGUCAUCGUGCAGGACUGAUUUCAAACUCUCAUGUGCAAUACGGCAGUGACCUGGUGCAUGUGGGUCGACGGAUGCCCAUUACAGUCACACACACUGUACAGAAUCAGAUCCAACCUGCGUCCUUCUGUUCAGACCUUGCCUCAAGGAAAUACAGUCCAGUUUACACUUUUCCGGUUAUCAAAGGCCUGCGGGCGCUUUCUAGACUCAAACUGAUGCAGACGGGCAUCACUGUCGUCUUACUGCCCGCGGUGUAUUACCUCUACCUGCAGGGACAGGCGUCAGUAAUGCUGCUGAGUUACUCCACAGGCAUCGCCGUGUUCGCCGGCGUCAUGCUGUACUCCAUAAGUCACUAUGUCAGACGAGUGGUUGGCAUGAUGUAUCUGGAUUCAACGCAGACCGUCUUAAAGGUGUCGCACCUGACAUUUUGGGGUCACAGACGGGACAUAUACGUGCCCGUGUCAGAUGUCAUGACUCUGGGAGAUUCAGGGGAUACCGAAGGAGAGCCGAUCCUGCGUUUAAAGCGCUACAGCUGUUCUGAUACGAUGUACUUCUCUACCAGACUGGGACGAGUGGUGGACAGAAAUGCUUUUGAGAAAGUUUUUGGGAGUUUGUCGUGAAUUCACUUUCUCUUGUUUUUUGUUUUUUUCUUUCCAUGCACCGUUAGAUAUUGUUUUGUAAUUUAAGUGACGAAUAAAGAUUUUUUUAUUUUACAUAGUUCAUGGGAAAUGUUAAUAGAGUGGUCCGGAGGUUAUUUAUUUUGACCUGUUUUUGUAGGCCAACCCAGAAGUUAGCAUCAC